CCAAAACCGGAGAUCGGGGGAAGGAAACUGUGAGAGGAGCGUUUCGGCUCCAAAGCUCCUCCUCCUGCUCUGAGGAAGAGGGGGCGGGGCUCUGUGCACCUAAACAGACGGUGGGGGUUUACAUUGUGUUCACUCUGUCGGUGGUUCACGCAGCGCAGCCAGGAGCAGCUCCACCGGCCACCACAUCCCCGCGGAGGGAGGAGGAUCGUUCCCGCAGCUGUCUGUCGGCACCGAGCUGCAGGAGGAAGGAGCAGCGGAGGAGUCGCCUCCUUCAGCGAGCCCCGAUCGGUGUGUGAGAAGAGGAGGAGGAGGAGGACGUGAUAUGAGCUCCUCAUCGGCUUAAACGGCAGCGCAGUCACCCAGGAGGAGGAACCGAGGGGACGUGUGAACCUGUAACCUGCAGCCGAGUCCAGGCCCGACGGGAGCCGCAGACAUGCCCGGCUUCGACUACAAGUUCCUGGAGAAGCCCAAGAGACGCUUCCAGUGUCCGCUCUGCAGCAAGGCCAUGCGGGAGCCGGUCCAGGUGUCCACCUGUGGACACCGCUUCUGUGACACCUGCCUGCAAGAAUUCCUUAGUGAGGGCGUCUUCAAGUGUCCAGAGGAUCAGCUGCCUUUGGAUUACGCCAAGAUCUACCCAGAUCCAGAGCUGGAGCAGCAGAUCCUGGCUCUGCCCAUCCGCUGCAUCCACAGUGAGGAGGGCUGCCGGUGGACGGGCCAGAUGAAGCAGCUGCAGGGCCACUUCUCCACCUGCGCCUUCAACGUGAUCCCUUGUCCCAACCGCUGCUCUGUCAAGCUGACGCGCCGCGACCUGCCCGACCACCUGCAGCACGACUGCCCCAAGCGAAAGGUCAAGUGUGAGUUCUGUGGCAGCGAGUUCACCGGCGAGGCCUACGAGAACCACCAGGGGGUGUGCCCUCAGGAGAGCGUUUACUGUGAGAACAAAUGCGGGGCGAGGAUGAUGCGUCGCCUGCUGUCCCAACACGGCAUGGCUGAGUGUCCCAAACGCACGCAGCCCUGCAAGUACUGCGGCAAAGAGUUUGUCUUCGACACAAUCCAGAACCACCAGUACCACUGCCCUCGCUUUCCCGUCCAGUGUCCGAACCAGUGCGGCACCCCCAACAUCGCCCGUGAGGACCUGGCCAACCACGUGAAGGACAACUGCGGCAACGCCCUUGUCCUCUGUCCUUUCAAAGACGCUGGCUGCAAACACAGAUGCCCCAAACUGGCGAUCAGUCGCCACCUGGAAGACACCACCAAGUCCCACCUGACCCUGAUGUGCAACCUGGUGGGUCGCCAGCGGCAGGAGAUCAUGGAGCUGCGGAGGGAGAUGGAGGAGCUUUCCAUUAGCCACGACGGAGUUCUCAUCUGGAAAAUUAGUGACUACUCUCGCAAACUCCAGGAGGCCAAACUCCGCAGCAAUCACGAGUUCUUCAGCCCGCCCUUCUACACCCACCGCUAUGGCUACAAGCUGCAGGUAUCGGCCUUCCUGAACGGCAACGGCAGCGGCGAGGGCUCCCACCUCUCCGUCUACAUCCGAGUGCUGCCAGGAGAAUACGACAACCUGCUGGAGUGGCCCUUCUCCUACAAAGUGACAUUCUCUAUCCUGGACCAGAGUGACCCGUCCCUUUCCAAGCCCCAGCACAUCACAGAGACCUUCAACCCUGACCCCAACUGGAAGAACUUCCAGAAGCCCAGCAGCAGCCGCAACUCACUGGACGAGAGCACCCUGGGCUUUGGAUACCCCAAGUUCAUUUCACACGAGGAGAUCAAGAAGAGGAACUACAUCCGAGACAACUGCAUCUUCGUUAAGGCUUCUAUAGAGAUUCCCCAGAAAAUAAUGGGUUAAGAUCCAACGGUUUUCUGUCUCUGCUCAUGAAGGAGUGAGAUGGGAGAAAAGCUGAUGCUUCUACACACUUUCCCUUUAGAGACUUUCUGUCCUCACAGCUUCUCCACCACAGAGCGUGAAGUGAGUCUGUUUGGUCGCCUCGGAGGAACUUGAUGCAUCCCAGCGGAGAAGGUGUUUGGUCUGCAGAACCACCACUCUCUGACUUUUCUUUUUACUAUCGUUUUUUUUUUUACAUGUUUGCUGACCUUUUAUCACAGUCUACAACAAAAAGCCUUUGAAAUCAAACAGUGCCUAGAGUGUUUAUCCUAAGUUAUACUUUUGUCUUUUCUGCAGUACUGAUGCUAAAGAUGAUGGAAAAUAUAUUAAAAAGAAGCUGUUCUGAAAUUAUUACAGUGAAGUUAAGUUGGGGGAGCGAAGCAAACUCGCGCUUAUGCCCAAAUGCCUUUGUUUACACCCUCAUAUGUUUUAUUGAUCCCUUAAUAAACACACCUUCUCUGUACAAACUGCUCACUAGGGUCGUCCAAACACAAACACACUGGUUAACUGUCAGGUUUUAAUUGAGUUGUUUGAUUCUGUUUGCUUUCACCAGACAAGGAAAUCUUUGUUGCUAAAUGAAAAACUGGUUUGUUUAACCAAACUUGUAGACCAGGAAUUAGUAGAACCAGACCGGAUGUUUCGUUUUUACUAGCCACUUAUCAACACAUGUAAAGUCAGUCAAAUCAUUUCGACAGAACCAACUCUAUUUGCUCUUGUUAGCUUAGAUAAUGCUCAUUAACUCAAACAUGUACCUAGCUUAAUCUAAGGAACAUUGUUUAAGCUAACAAAUGUUUCUCAAUGCCAAGGAACCUUGCAUUGAUGUCUUGGUCCUGCCCCGGUUGCCUAGGAGAUACGUCAUCAGGAGCCGCCAAGACGUGUUCCAAUGUUCAUGUUCUACUUACCCUCAAAUUCCACUACCUCCGCUCCGCUCCGCCACGAACUCCGCAGCAAAAUCGGUCCCGUUGUAGUCAAUCAGAGCUAUUCCACUACUGCGGCCGUGCUCCGGCCGUGCUCCGGCAGUGCGGCGCAUUGCGCCGCCCUCUGUUCCGGCGUCCGGCUAAAAUAGAAUUGAUCCUAUUUUUGCCGGACGCCGGAGUACCUCCGCAGUCAAUGGACAGGAAUCACAACGGCCCAACAGGAAAGGGAGCAAGCACAACUUCCGUUAUUUCACAAUAAAUCGAUAAACAAAAGGCGUUUUUUGUUUCAUAUGCACAGGUUUAACAACUUUUAACAACUAUCAGUGGCGGCUGAAGUUUAAAUGCACAAAAAUAAGCCAUAAAUACAGUUUCUACUAUCAAAGUAGUCACACUUUGUUGAUCCAAACACUGCUGAUCUCUCAACACAAAUGAUGGGCAGAUUAAACAGUUCAUUUCGAUGCUUCUCCCACGCAACGGGUGUUUGGAUCUAACUUCCGCGUUUAUUGCUCGGACUGUAUCGCAAGAUCUCGAAAAUCCCGCGCAUGCCUGUUUGUGCACCUCAGGUCUCGCACCGGAGCAGAGCCGUUGUAGAGCGGGUAGCAGUAAAAAUUGAGUUCGGAAGCGAGUGGCUGCGGAAGGCGGGGGCGGAGCGGAGGUAGUGGAAUUUGGGGGUCAGGCGUCUUCUCCGUUUGUUAGCCAUUUAGCUAGCUGAGCAAGGAUAUGCAGGAGGUGCCUUGUAGCCUGGCCUUGGUCAAAAAUUUCACAGAAUACAGCACGGUAUUUUGAAAAGGCAGCUACUUUGGGGGUAAAUUUCAAGUUAAAAUGUAAAUCAACUAAUUGUAGCCAUCAGGCUGAUAUCUAAAAUGGUUUUUUUAUAUAUAUCCUAAGCAGUUAUCUUUGGUUGGAUAUAGUUGCAGCUUCGGUGGCUAGCAGGUAGUAACUCGCCUACAUAUUUUAUUUAACUAAAAUAUACACAAUUAAAAAGUAGAAGGCUCGCUAUAUAUUUAUUUUGAGACUUAAACGUAAAAACCAUAUAGUUACCUCCCGUGUCACGUGACUUUACUUGACUGCCGUGGAAGCCAUUUAACCGUUUUCUUUGACCAAGGAAGGACAGUGUCCUCGUAAGCAAGGCGCCUGGCCUCGCAAGACAUCGCCUUGCGAGGCCAGGCGCCUUGGCAUUGAGAAACACCCUUAGACUACCCUCGUUAGCUUAAACUAUGGUCAGUAAUUUGGACUAGAGUUGCUAGCUUUGGCAAUGCUCCUUGAAUCAAGCUAUUCUUUUUAGCUUGAGCUAAUUAAUUAGCAUAAGUUGUGCUAUUUAGCUUAUGUGAAUCUCAUUAGUCUACUUUUGUUCUUUAAGGCUAUGCUAAGCCCACUAUGCACUGCUAAGCUAACAAGCUGUCUAAUUUUCCCGCCUUUUAACUUUAAAAACCAGACAGAAAACACUUUAAACAGAAAAUAAUUGUUCAAUGUUUGUGUUGGUAAGAGUUUCAUCCAGGAGUUAGCGUCUCAAACACACUUCAUCGUGAUUCUUGUACCAAUUAGACAAAAAAGCACCUUUUGUUGGUUUCUAGAUGGGCGAAGCAGACAAAGUUGUUGGAUUGCAUUUAAUGUUGAAGAAAGAAGCCAUGUGGCCUUUUUUAUACAGUAAGUCUUCACACGAGGGUUUUCAAGGGGAGCAGAGAAGCAAACUCAUGCAUGCUCCAUGUGCCACCACCUGGUUCUCCUGAAAUCCUCCCUUGUUGAUGACUUUUCUCUCUCCUUUUUGGACCAUUUGAAAGUUGACAGAUAAGAAAAGCUUUUUAUGAUUUUUUUUAUAUAUAUUCAUAAAAUGUGAAUUCUCUUGAUAACAUAGUCUCAAACGAUGAUGGAAAGCGUGUUGUUUUAUGUGACAUGAUCUCUGCAUGUAGCUGGGUGUCUCGGGACUGAUUGAACCUUUGUUGUUACCAUGGUCACCAGUGGCUCUCUUCAGCUCCACGACGACGAGCAGUCCCCCCCCCCCCCCCCCCCCCCCCCCGUGCUACAGACUCUGUUUUUAUCAGAGCACCAUCAGGGGCUGGAGUGACUUUGAUGACACGCCUAACUCAUCAUACAUGUGAAUACUAAUGUAAAAACGCGGAAGCACAUUCUUUUUAUUACUACACGUGGGAACAGUCUUGAUUUCUUGUCAUACCAGCUGAUAUUUUACAGUGAAUCAAAGGAGCAAGAAAAAAAACUUUUUUGUAAGAUUCUGUAUUUUUAAAAAAAUGUUUUAUACAAACUUUUGUUGGGGAGUCGGGGUUGGCUUUGGGAGUUUUCACACCCUUUUCUUUCUCUGGAACAUUUGGAUAAUUUGUGUCUGUGUGGUUUGAGCUUGUUUUGUCUGUAUUAUUUCCUCUUUAAAGUAUUUAUUUUAAGGAGCCAUGGUACGAUUUCGGACUGAUGGUGACCCUAACCCACGUUGAUUGAUGAGUGCUUGUCAAUUUCUUAACUGAAAUAAAAUACCAUAUAUUAUA